CUCAUUUCAGUUCUCUGGGAUAUACAAACUUUUCAUAACGAAGUUUAUAUCGGAGUAUAUAUGUGUUCUUGACUAUGGUCUUAUUUGGAGACUGUCGAUCUAGUCGUCUUUGCUACAAGUCACUACAUCCCUUAGCACGGCAUCAAGGGUGUAAAACAAAUUCCACCUACUAUGUACAAUAAACACCAGCGCAUCAGAUAAACCGGAACCACUUAUGAGAGACCAAUAUUUACGUUUUUAAUAUCGAUGACACGAGGGAGAGAAGUGGAUCAAUGAUGAUAACACCAGCACUUAACUCAAACAAGCCUAACGCAAUUUGGCUGUGGCGCUGCCGAGGCUCCUCGGGGGUGAUUCGCCGAGCUUCGGGCUGUUGAGUUCGAGGUCGUCAUGCUCAUGCUAGUCAGAUAUGGCUUCAUCUAGUUUUUCUCCGGUUAUCUCAUUACGAGUCCUAUGUACAAACUAACGCUACUUGGUCCCAACGUUUUAACUCUUGUCACAAUACAAAUCAUUUCAUAAGGGACUUAUAUAUUCCUACCUACCUUAUAAUAGAGAUACACUUAAGACCACCAGCUGGACUCGACAUGGCGCAGGAUAACAAUAACCAGCAGCCCACGACGGCACAACUCGACGAAGUUAAAGCGGCCGUGCGCCAGCUCCUGCACCAGCCUAACUACGAUGAUGGAUCCGCGGGCCCCGUGCUUGUGCGACUUGCCUGGCACGCAUCAGGCACGUACUGCGCGAAGACUAACACGGGGGGUUCGAACGGCGCCGGGAUGCGCUACGAGAAGGAAGGCGGCGACCCAGCCAACGCCGGCCUCCAACACGCACGCGCAUUCCUCGAGCCCCUCAAGGCUAAAUUCCCAUGGAUCACAUACGCAGACCUCUGGACCCUCGCCGCCAUCGUCGCGAUCAAAGAGAUGGGCGGGCCAGAAAUCCCCUGGCAAGGCGGCCGCACCGACUUCACCGACGACAGCAAGAUCCCCCCGCGGGGACGGCUCCCCGACGGCGCGCAAGGCGCCGAGCACCUGCGCUUCAUCUUCCACCGGAUGGGCUUCGACGACCAAGAAAUCGUCGCGCUGUCCGGCGCGCAUAACCUCGGCCGGUGCCACGGAGAUCGCUCGGGGUUCGAGGGCAAGUGGGUGAACAACCCGACGCGCUUCUCGAACCAGUACUACAAGCUGCUGCUAGCGAACGACUGGAAGAAGACGACGCUGCCGAGCGGGGUUACGCAGUUCGUGUACGUCGAGGAGGGGGGCGACGGCGACGACGAGAGCGCGGCGGGGAAUGGCGAGAAGAAUGAAGGGCUGAUGAUGUUGCCGACGGAUAUAGCGCUGUUGUCGGACCCGGCGUUUCGCCCGUGGGUCGACAAGUACGCGGCGGAUAAGGAUUUGUUCUUCGAGCACUUCUCUGCCGUGUUUGCUAAGUUGCUCGAGCUGGGUAUCAGGCGGGACGCGAGCGGCAAGGUUAUCAACGAGGAGAAUGCUGAGGAGGGGUAUAAGAGCGCGCCGAAGAAGAGCGAUGCGGCUACGGCGCCGGGAGAUCAGGGCUCGGGACAGGUAGGCCAUGAGGCGCGUCCGUUGAAGGAGGAUAAUGAGAAGGCUCGUAAGAGGAGGGAGGGCGCGAAGUUAUAGACUGACGAUAGAGAUAAGGGGCUUUUACAGGCUGGAUAGAUGUGGUGCGUACUGUCAGGGCUGUACAUAUCAAUAUGUAUAGACUAGAGCAUAGGUUGGCGCCUACGUACAGACGGACGAACAUUACGCGUUCAGAAAGAAAUCAUAGAAUAGAUCAUAAUAUCAUAAUUCACUGCCGACGGGAAUCCU